CCGCGGAUCACCAGUACAAGAGCCCGAACCUCGCCAGCUCCGGAUCACGCCCUCCUUUACAUGCACUCAGUAUGGAUUACACGCCGAUUUCCGCGGGCGGUUAUGUUUUAUUUCUCACAGCACUUUCCCUCAUAACAGGUAAACUGAAUGGAUUUGAGGUUUCGGUCAAAACAAACUCUCCAGUGGUGGAAUUUGGACACUCCCUGGAGGUGAACUGCAGUACCACAUGUAACAAUCCAUUGAUAACUCUGGAAUAUAAACCAGGGGUAAACCCCAUCAGAACUAAUGGUGAUAAGUGGAUUACAGACCAAUUUCCAAGUGUCCAGAGAUGGGAUCUGACAGUGCCGUGUACUGUAAUCUGUCUAUCUGCAGAAAAGGAAGUGAAGGAGAGCAAACGAGUGGUUCCAGUGUACAAUCGAGAGAUAAGCGUUGUUCCACCUCCUAAAGUUCUGGAAGUUAACAAACCAUAUCAGCUGGAAUGCAUUGGCCCGAAGGUCUAUCCAAAGAACAAACUCGUACUCACCUGGCUCAGAGGGAGUGAGACUAUAGCAAAUAUUUCCACAGAGGAACCAGGUUUCCCCGAAGAUGAUACAUUGAAGAACGUCCUUCAUUUCAAUCCAAAUAUUUCAGAUGAUGGACUGGUGUACACCUGCUUGGCAGAGUUGAUCUUGCACUCCAAUGCCAGAAAACCUGUCACAAAUGCCUCUGUGACUCUGCGGACUUACUCUUUUCCAGAGCUUCCGAGGAUCCUCAGCAGAGACCCUGUAGAAGUGAAUCAGGAGGUCACACUAACAUGUGAGGUGCCAAAUGUCUAUCCAGCUGAGAAGAUGAGGGUACAAUGGUUUUGGGGCGGUGAACGACAGAAUUCAGUAACAAAUCAGUCAGAUGCCACCACAGUCAGGGCAACAACUACAUGGACACCACGAGAGACCGGUCUGACUGAAGUCUCCUGCACAGCAGAUUUUGAGGAUUAUCCAUCAAUUCCACUGAAGAACGAUAGCAUUUCCAUUGAGGUUUACGUUUUCUCCAACCCUGAAAUCCAAAUGACCACUGAGGGCACUCGGGUGAAUAUUACCUGCAGUGUGUUUAACGUCUCAGGGGAACUUCAACUCAGACUGAAGAAGGGAAGUGAGAUAUUAGUGAACAGGUCAGCCAGUACUGGGCUGACUAUCUACCACACUGUGAAUCCACGAGCAGAGCUGAAUGGACAGCAGUUCACCUGUGAGGCCGAGCUGACACUUCACCAUCGCUCCAACACCAUUGUUAAACGACAGUCCACCACUCCCGCUGUCCAUGCUUUUCCAGAGCCUCCGAGGAUCCUCAGCAGAGACCUUGUAGAAGUGAAUCAGGAGGUCACAUUAACAUGUGAGGUGCCAAACGUCUAUCCAGCUGAGAAGGUGAGAGUACGAUGGUUUUGCGACGGUGAACAACAGAAUUCAGCAACAUAUCAGUCAAAUUCCACCACAGUAAGGGGAACAACUACAUGGACACCACGAGAGACCGGUCUGACUGAAGUCUCCUGCACGGCAGAUUUUGAGGAUUAUCCAUCAAUUCCACUGAAGAACGAUAGCAUUUCCAUUGAGGUUUAUGCUUUCUCCAACCCUGAAAUCCACAUUGCGAUCACCACUGAGGGUAUUCCGGUGAUUAUUAUCUGCAGUGUGUUUAACGUCUCAGGGGAACUUCAACUCAGACUGAAGAAGGGAAGUGAGAUAUUAGUGAACAGGUCAGCCAGUACUGGGCUGACUAUCUACCACACUGUGAAUCCACAAGCAGAGCUGAAUGGACAGCAGUUCACCUGCGAGGCCGAGCUGACACUUCACCAUCACUCCAACACCAUUGUUAAACGACAGUCAGCCACUCUCACUGUCCAUGAUUCACCCGGGUCAGUAGCAUGGAUAAUUCCGGUAGUUCUACUUUUGGGAAUUGUUGGAAUUCCACUCGCUCUGACACUGAUCAAGAAAUGCAGACGCCGAAGGCUGUGAGCUGAGAGUCUGUGGAAACGAUGUCGGAAAUGUAAUGUAACGCACAAGUAUUGAAGACAAGAGUAUUCGAUAUGAAUGGCAUACCAUGCUGAUUGUGGACAGAUAUUCUAAUGAUGCUGCAAAUCGCGUUCAUAUUGAGGCAAGCUUCUGACUGCAAUGUUAAUACGUAGCCCCACUGUACCUGCUCAUUGCCGAGAAUGCUCAGCUUUU